AUGGCGACACUACGUACGACCUGGCCCCUUUGGCUCGUUGAGCUUGAUGGCGAUGACGAGGAUGGACCUGGGCAUCUCGUCGCCGGUGCCCUUCUAGUCCACAUCUCAGGCACGAAGCGCGUGUACACAGUCAACCUGCUCCUCGAAGCCUCAGCCGGUGGCAUCACUGCUUCGUCGUCUCGCCUCCUCAUCAUCCUAGAGCAGCAACUAGCACAAGACAUCCCGGUACCAGGGUUACCAGCGUUCCAAUCACCAAUACGCACAAUUCUUCGCGAGUGGGAAUCGCUGAGCGAGAAGUCGGUGGUGGAAGCAUUUCUAGUGGAGCUCCCAGACAGUGGAAGUCCCGUUGUCUCGUACAGCAUCCCAGUCGUCAUCCAUGAAUUUGUUAACGAUGCGUCUGAGGAGCAGAUUACCGCUGCUGCAUUAGCGGGUUACAUGAAUGCCGAGGAGCCAUGUCUGAAAACUUGGAGGAGGCGGGUUGAGGAGUUGCCGGAGAAGCUAGGGUUACCCAGGUCCAUCUGCAUCAGAGUUGAGGAGUCGUCCAAUUUGGACUUUGCGUGAUGUAUUGCGGAAUAAAAAAGAAUUUGAC